UCAAUCAAGAGGGAAAAGGAGUUCACAGUUGGUGCGUGCAAUUGUUGAUUUGAUAUGAAAAAUUCGAUCCGAAAUAAAACACACGAAUGAGCAUAUAAUAUAUAUAUAUAUAUAUACAUAUAUAAUGGCGUCGAUACAGGCAGUAUUGGGUAACUUAACGGUGGGAGAACGGUAUAUAUUGACCGGAGUCAACACCGGAGCAUCCACUUUAUCGCUUUUAGGCUCCGGAUUCAUUGUUCUUUGUUAUUUAUGCUUUAAAGAGCUUCGCAAGUUCUCUUUCAAACUCGUUUUCUAUCUUGCUCUCUCUGAUAUGCUUUGCAGUUUCUUCAGCAUUGUUGGUGAUCCAUCUCAAGGAUUCUUCUGUUAUGCCCAGGGCUAUAGCACUCAUUUCUUUUGUGUGGCGUCUUUCCUUUGGACUACUACGAUCGCUUUUACUCUUCAUCGUACUGUUGUCAAACACAAAGCUGAUGUUGAGGAUUUUGAGCCAAUGUUUCACUUAUAUGUUUGGGGAACAUCAGUUGUAAUGACAGUUUUACGAUCUAUUGGUAAUGAUCAUGGCCAUUUAGGCCACAUAGGUCGUGUAGCUGCGUGGUGCUGGACAGAAACCGGAAGAACAGGAAAGGCUGUCCAUUUCUUUACCUUUUAUGCGCCACUGUGGGGAGCAAUUCUUUUCAAUGGGGUCACUUAUUUUCAAGUUAUACGCAUGUUAAACAAUGCCACGCGGAUGGCAGUAGGCAUGUCAGAUCGGGGUUUCCAGUCAGAUACACGAUUAGACAUGAAGGCAUUGAAUCGGUGGGGUUACUAUCCACUCAUUCUUAUAGGAUCAUGGAGUUUCGGCACAGUCAACCGUAUUCACGACUUCAUUGAACCGGGUCAUAAGAUAUUCUGGCUUUCUGUUCUUGAUGUUGGAAUGGCCGCCCUAAUGGGUCUAUUCAACUCAAUAGCUUAUGGCCUUAACUCUUCAGUACGACGAGCAAUUUUUGAAAGACUAGAUCUCUUACCUGAAAGCAUUAGAAGAUGGUUCCCAAAAAAGUUAAUGUCAAGAAGCCAACAGCAACAUGAAAGUGAACUCGUCUCUUUGAGAGUUGAAGAGCAGCGUCAAUAGCAACACGGGGAAAUCAAACCGUUCUAGAUUUCGUCUUUCUUUCCAUCAAUGAGAUGAUACCGAAAGGUUCUAAAGAUGUCUUAAUCAUAUUGAUUUAUUUAUUUUUUUCGCGGACAAAAGAGGUUCAACAGCAAUCUAGAGUACUUUAAUAGAGGUCCAGAGUGCUUCCAUUUCUGUAGCAAUUUGUUAGACUCUAGUAAUUAGCAUUUAGUAAGCGAAUGAUGUAAAAAGGCAUUAGCAUGGUUGCCUUUGGCGCCUGUUUGGUAGUAACUUGAUGUCUGUCAUGCGCUUGAGACUCAUCGCUGGCAGGUACGUGUGUAUUAUGAUCUUUUAGAAAGUCUAUAUUUGUGUA